CGCAGGGAGAAGGCAGCCGUCUCAGAUCUGGGCUUUCCAACGGCGGCUGAGAGCGCGCAGCCUUCCCGGGCUCUGUGUCCGCAUCGUUUCUGAGCCGGCCUCUCCACCAGUUCUGAUCAUGAGCCACACAGGGGCGGAGCGCGGCUGCGGGCGCCCUGGAGGGCCUCCUGAGAGGAAAAACCUGUAGAAGGAAGUGAGGUGGUGAGUACUUAUUCUGCUGGGAAGUAGAAGAGUACUUUUAGAGCCAAAAAUAUGCCUCCCAAGUUCAAGCGCCACCUAAAUGAUGACGAUGUCACUGGUUCUGUGAAAAGUGAAAGGAGAAAUCUUUUGGAAGAUGAUUCAGAUGAAGAAGAGGACUUUUUUCUAAGGGGACCAUCUGGACCAAGAUUUGGACCUAGAAAUGAUAAAAUUAAGCAUGUUCAGAAUCAGGUGGAUGAAGUUAUUGAUGUCAUGCAAGAAAAUAUUACGAAGGUAAUUGAAAGAGGGGAGAGACUAGAUGAACUACAGGACAAAUCAGAAAGCUUAUCGGAUAAUGCAACUGCUUUUAGCAACAGAUCCAAACAACUUCGAAGGCAGAUGUGGUGGCGUGGAUGCAAAAUUAAAGCCAUCAUGGCUUUGGUUGCCGCUGUCCUUUUGUUGGUCAUUAUCAUUCUUAUAGCUGUGAAAUACCGCACUUGAUUUGAUGACAGAGAUCUUCAUUAAACAGAAUCUGGGACAAUAAUAAUAAUAAUAAAAGAUUGCUGCAUAAUUUAAAUGAAACCCAUGUGUAUAGCUUUCAAAACUUCUUUUUCAAGAAACAAAGAGGCAAAUAUCACUUCAAAUUGGAGCAUUGAGAAUGUCCGUUGUUUUCUUCCCUUCUAGCAAAAUGUGCUUUUAAUAAUUGUUUACGGCGAAGACAACCAGCCUCUAUUUUGCCAUAUUCCAAGGAUCUAAUUUGAAAUUAGAUACUUGCCAGUUUGUGAUUUGUGUCUGUAGUUAAAACACUGAUAAUGAUAUUUCAUACUGUUGCUUUAAUGGCAUAAGGACUUGCAUUCUUGCAGUAAGUCGGGGGUCAGGACGCCUAUGUAGAGAACCAGAUCGUUACGCUUAAAAGAGAUGCUUAACUAUCCAUCAAUAUUUGCAAGAUUCUUCCCAAUACAAUUGCUUUGCAAGCAAUUUCCACGUUUGUGGGUGUAACAAAAGCCGUAUUGUAAAUGUUGCUGCCUUCCGCUAGAACUAAAAACAUUCCAGUAAACCUAUUUUUGAUUGUGUAAAGGAAUGUGUAGUAAUCUUUUGGCAUUUGAAUUAUGGAAAUGGGAAAUUUAAACACUGUGAGAAGCAUGGUAUGUCACCAUGAAACGAGAUAAUAAAAUUAUUGGAGAACGUCA